GGGAGGGAGGGAGGAGGAGUUGACGCAUCGGAGCGAGUGAGCGCACCGACGCUUCACUUUCCCGGUGUGAGAGCUGCGAGGCGCCACGCCGUCAGCAACACGAGUGGAAGGCGCGGACUAAAGGCUGCCAUGGAGCCGCGAGGGCUCCGCUCGUGAGGCGCAAGGAAGGACGCGGCGGUUUUUACGCACAGAGUGCGGGAGGAGAAACGCAGCGCGUGCGCACGGGAGCGUGGCCGCGACCUCACAGUCACAGUGAUGUUUUGUGCGCACAGUUUGGUUUGGAGACGAACCACGGAUUAAUCUGAUCCCGUGAGAGCGCGGCCGCUGCGCAGGACAGAUCCGAAAACUAGAGGUGCAAAUCGGAUUCCAUACGUUUGCGAUUGGAUGUGAGAAUACUUUGACCCGACAAAAUUGAAAAUGACGUUGCCAUGGAAACUGCUGCUGCUGCAGUCACUUAUGGGGAGCCUUGCAGAGAGCAGCGUCCUGCAGAGUCCCGUCUUCACCAAGCAGCCAGGCAGCAUCGUGUACCCUGUGGAGACGGUGGAGAACGGCAGGGAGGUGGUGUUCAGCUGCGAGGCCCGGGGAAGCCCCGCCCCCGCGUACCGGUGGAAAUUGAACGGUACAGAAAUCCUUCCUAAAGCCGGAUCUCAUUUCAGCCUCUCUGGGGGCAACCUCCGAAUCAGCCGUCUGAACAGAGAUCGGGACGCUGGGACGUAUCAGUGCCUCGCCUCCAACUCUUUCGGGACCAUCGUCAGCCGAGAGGCCAGCCUCACCUUCGCAUACCUGGAGAGCUUCAAGACGCAGAGAAGAAGCCCUGUUUCUGUGCGGGAAGGUCAAGGGAUGGUUCUGUUGUGCGGGCCCCCACCACACUCUGGAGAUCUUGUAUUUUCCUGGAUCUUCAACGAGUCCACCACAUUUGUGCAGCAGGAGACCCGCCGUUUCAUCUCACAGGAGACGGGGAACCUUUACAUCGCCAAAGUGGAGCCUUCCGACGUCGGCAACUACACCUGUGUGGUGACCAACACCGUGACAAAGACCAGGGUCCAGGGCCCUUCCACCCCGCUGGUGCUCCGCAGCGACGGUGUUAUGGGCGAAUAUGAGCCAAAGAUUGAAGUUCAGUUUCCCGAGAUCGUUCACGUCGCCAAAGGAUCCACUGUCAAGCUGGAAUGCUUUGCGUUGGGAAACCCUGCGCCUUCUAUAACCUGGAGAAGGGAAGACGGCGCCCCCUUCCCCCGGAAAGUGGACACCAGGAAGACCAACGGCGUCCUGGAAAUCCCCUAUUUCCAGCAGGACGACGUGGGCACGUACGAGUGUGUGGCGGAGAACUCCAGGGGGAUGAACAAAGUGAAGGGGAAGCUCUCUUUCUAUGCGCCUCCUCAUCUCAUCGAGAAGCCCCAAGACGUCCAGAAGCUCAUAGACGACUCACUGGUGUGGGAAUGCAAAGCUACCGGGAAGCCCAAGCCUUCCUAUAGGUGGAUGAAGAACGGAGAGAACCUGGAGUCCACGGAGGAGCGCAUACAGGUUGCAAAUGGGGUUCUGUCUAUCAGCCGCCUGACCCUGUCUGACACGGGGAUGUACCAGUGUGUGGCGGGGAACAAGCACGGCGAGGUCUACUCCAACGCCGAGCUCAGAGUCAUCGCUGCUGCCCCCGAUUUUUCCCACAAUCAGCUGAGGAGCCAGACGAUGGUGAAGGUGGGAGGAGACAUGCUCGUCGAGUGCAGGCCCAAGAUGUCUCCCUGGGGCGUGAUCUCCUGGAGGAAGGGCAGCGAGCCGCUGCAGCAGAGUAACAGGAUUGUCAUUUUGGACAACGGUAGCCUUCGGAUAUGGAAUGUCACCAAAUCCGAUGCGGGCCUUUACACGUGCGUGGCGAGAAACCAGUUUGGGAUGGCGAGCAGCACAGGAAGCGUCACAGUCAAAGAGGCGAGCGUCAUCACCACCCAGCCCUCCACGCUGGACGCCACGGUGGGGGAGAGCGUGGUUCUGCCUUGCCAGGUGAGCCACGACCCGUCGCUGGAGCUGAAGUUCACCUGGUUCUUCAACGAGCAGCUCAUCCACUUCGGGAGCCACGACGGGUUUUUCGAGAAAGUGGGCGGUCAGCAUUCGGCGGGGGACAUUAUGAUACGAAAUAUCCAGCUGAAGCAUGCUGGGAAGUACACGUGUGCCGUGCAGACCAAAGUGGACAGCAUCUCCGUCGCCCUGGACCUGAUCGUUAGAGGUCCCCCGGCGCCCCCGACCCACAUCCAAGUCGAAGAAAUCACAGACACCACAGCCUCUCUGUCCUGGAGGCCCGGUCCCGAUAAUCACAGUCCAAUUACAGCAUACACCAUCCAGGCCAGGACGCCGUUUUCUCUGGGGUGGCAGGCUGUCACCACGGUUCCAGAGGUGGUGGGGGGCCGCCAGCUGACAGCCGUCGUAAUAGACCUGAACCCUUGGGUGGAAUACGAGUUUCGGGUUCUGGCGAGCAACAGAAUUGGGACGGGCGAACCCAGCAAGCCUUCCAAACAAGCAAGAACAAAGAGUACCUCUCCGAAGGUCACACCAGCUAAUGUGAGCGGAGGCGGAGGCAGUCGCUCCGAAUUAGUCAUCACAUGGGAGCCCGUUCCAGAGGAGUUACAGAACGGACCGGGAUUCGGCUACGUGGUGGCUUUUCGACCCCACGGCGCCACAGGCUGGAUGCAGGCGGCCGUUCCUUCCCCCGAAGCAUCCAGAUAUGUCUUUAAGAAUGAGAGCAUCCAGCCCUUCUCGCCCUUCCAUGUGAAAGUUGGAGUUUACAACAAUGAGGGGGAGGGACCCUUUGGACCUGUUAUCACCAUCUACUCUGCUGAGGAAGAGCCUGGCCGAGCUCCCACCAGAGUCCGCGCCAGGAGCCUCUCUGCCGCGGAGAUCGAGGUUUCCUGGAAAGCUCUUCCAUGGAACGCCAGCAAGAGGAGGGUGCUGGGCUACGAGCUGAGGUACUGGAGUAAAAGCGAGCGCGAGGACACGGCCAGCGUGCAGAGGACCGUCGGCAAUCAGACGUCCAGCAUCAUCCGGGGGCUGAGGGGCAGCACCUCCUAUUACAUCUCCGUGAGGGCGUACAACACGGCGGGAACGGGACCCCCCAGCGGCACAGUCAACGUCACCACCAAAAAGCCGCCUCCCAGUCAACCGCCGGACAAAGUGAUGUGGAACACGUCCAACUCAAAGAUCAUCGUGAACUGGGAGCAGGUCAAAGCUCUGGAGAACGAGUCGGAGGUGACGGGCUAUAAGGUUCUCUACAAGAAGAACCGGCACAGCCGGCCCAGCGUCAUGGAAACCAACACCACCUCUGUGGAGCUGGCUCUCCCCACUGAUGAGGAUUACAUCAUUCAGAUUAAGCCGUUCGGCGAGGGCGGGGACGGCAGCAGCAGCAGGCAGAUCACCAUCCCAAAGACAGCAGGCACCACUGCGGUGGGCUCAGCGUCCAAGGUCUCCACCCUCUCUGCCCUCAGCACGAUAGCGCUGUCUUUCACAGCACGGACAUCUUUAUGACAAACGGCUCAGCGCAGCCGCUGCAUCUGAUGUGGACACAGCACUGAAAGCGACGCCCACUCCGGUGCGAUUAAACCCAACACAUUUUAGGCUUUAGAGGCAGAGGGAAGACGCUGACAGCAAACCUUAACGCUUCGUCAUAGAGGUGACACACGGAGUCCCCUUCAGCAGGCAGGCCAGGUAAACGAGAUUGACAGAUGUCAUGACUCUGUCGUUACCAAAGCAGCUUUCAUAAGAGAGAAAGAAAGAGAAGAAAUGUUCUAUACACAUCUUUUUGUAUGACAUGUUGAGCUUUUACACAUGUUUUUUGUUGGGUUUGAGGUCCGUCCGGGUUUAUCAACUGCGUGGUCAAGUCAUCAUCCAGAUUUCUGAUGUAGAGAUUUCAGAAUGUUCUCUUCUGGAACGUGACGUGUACCUCCCUGCAUUUGGUACAGAAAUGUCUGAAGGCCCCGAUUUUCUCUUUGUUUCAUCAAACCUGCCGUCAAAAAAACGAUCAACCACAAGAAAGAAAACCGAAGGGAUUUGUUCUUCUUUUUUGGACUUAAAUCCAAAAGUUAUGACAGUUAAAGCACACAGUAGCAAAAAGAAAGUCCAGUGACAUAAGCAAAUUGAAUUAGGCGUGGUUUUAUUCAUCGUCCCUCAACCAAAGCAAACAAAACACCUCUAAAACUGUCCUUCUGCGAAAUAGAUGUCCUGCGUUCAUGAUGUGUCUCUGCUUUCGACCAGAUCCAGAAUGGUGAUCGGUCCAAACCUGAGCUUUUUGUACUGAGAUAUAAAAAUAAACACCCUUUUCUUUUCUGCAUACCGGUGUUUCAAGCUUGAGGCAAACUGUAACCGUUUGUUCAGUCGGUUUAUAGACGUCGCUAAAAGUAAAAACUGUUUCUGGAGUUCCAAACAGCCCUAAUGUCACAAGAUCAAGGUUUUCCUAUCUCCCAGAUAGAGUUCACAAAAGUUUUGAAAGCAGGAAACUCGUGACCCCGUCGCACUCUGACUAAAAAUACAACUGGAGUCAAAAUCAACUUUAGUUCACACAUGGUAGAAAGACACAUUUUUAACAUUUGUGUGCUUAUCUGCCUAUUUUUUUCAGUUUAAACCGCCAAUUUUUCUUUUUUUCUUUUGCAAUGAAAACGUGUUGCAGGGGGUUCAAAGGGUUAUAAAAACCACUCAGCUUCAGUUUAAGUGCUGCUGGUGACAGGCUUCAUUUAGGUGACAGGUCCAUAGCAACCAUCAUGUUUUUUUUUUCUUGUCUUGGGCUUAUAAAUGCGUGCGCUAACGUCCCUCUCUCCAGAUCAAAGUUUUAUUUUUUACAUUUUCCAUAGCAACCAAAGUUUAUGCUUGCCUCAGUCACUUUUUUUCCUGGGUUUCAUUUAAUUCCACAUGGAGUUGUUCAGUUUGCCACUUUGUAUUGGACAAGCUGAACUGUUAGAAACAUUUUUAGUUCAACCUGAGUGCAUUGACUGUAUACUAGAACUGGACUGAGUGUGACGUCACCCAAAGAAGACCACUGAAUUCCAGCUCCAAUCAAAUGAAAUCAAUUCAUUUGCUAUUUCCCCCCCCCGAUACUGUUGAAGCUAGACAUCGUUAGUCGGCAGGGAGUGGUCCGAGUCUACGUGUCCAUGGCAACCACUCUUGCCAAUCAGGAGUUAGCUUGUUGGAAAGCCACACCCCCACCACUUGAAAGCAGGCUACACGAAAUCUGUUAAUUGAUAUGGUCCAGCUGGCUCCACCUACUUUUAUUGAGGCUUCUGAUUGGUCAGUUCCUAACUUAAACAACUUGAACUACAGAAAAAAUUUCACGAAAAAAAUCCGAUUAGCAAGAACACAUUAAUGGUUAUUCUAUACGACUGAGUAACAGCUGUUUAUUGGACAGGUCUGUGGGAUUUUGGCUUCUUGGAGCCAACGGGUACUUCCUGUUCGUAGUGCGAGGGGGGCGGGACCAAGUUCCCUUAUACAGUCCAAAGUGCAGGUGCGGUCUUUUGGGGUAGAGCUUCAGAAAUAGCCACGGAGGUCUAAAUUUCACAACAACUUUUGCUGACUUUAGUUUUGGGGUGGGGGACUUUUUAACGUUUUGUUUUGGGGGUUUUUCGUGGGGGUGGGGGCUCGUGGACACUCGUGGCGGUGCAAUUCACCGUCAGGAUUCGACGAUGGGCCUCAAAUCUGAACAGGAAGUUGAAUCGAUGUUGCAGACCUUGAUGGGAACUUCUUCUCCCCGUUGGGUUCCUCCACCCUGACUGGACCCACAUCAUCCCCCCCCCCCCCCCCCAGCCCCAACCCCCGUUGUUUUCAGCGUCUCUAGCUAUUCUUUGCCUUCCGUGUGCCUCAUCAUAAGUUCAAAAUCCUCAGGUCCUUAAAGAGCCUUAACUUAUCACAUGUAAAUGACGAAAGUGAGCAGCGGCUGCGGUGAUGUUUACAUGCUGCUGUUACUAUAGGAACUGUACAUCCUUUGCUUGGGGGGAGGGGGGGCAGACUGAAUGACAUUCUGCAAUACAUGAGGCCGGGUGCAUUUUUUUUAUAGCUGUGUGUUCUGAACAAAGAUGAUGAUGCUGCUGAUCUUUUCCUUUCUCCCAUCGUCUCCUGAUGCCACGCGGGGCUGCAGCCUGGUUGAAGCUUGUAAUCCAGCCGAGUAGUUUGGAGUUCUUUGAAGGGGAAGUGUUGCAGGUUCCGCUCCGAGUCGCGCGUAUCCUGUAAAAAAGCGAUUUUGUACACUUCGGAUCAUUUAUAUACGAAGAACCUUUCUAAAGAGAUGAUAUUCUGGGUUUUUAAGCGCUGACUCUCGUUUCAUACUGUAGUGUCGCUCAGCAUGACUGUGCUUCGUCCUCUGCCUUCUGUCCGCCGGCUUAAACCCAGCAAAUGGCUUCAGCGGCGCCGGGUUCAUGCAUCCGAUAGGUUUGUGUAUACUGUGUGUGUGUAUACCAUUGUAAGGCCUUUGUCCAUGCUUCUGUCUGAGUCCGCCCCUCUGAGAUCUGCUGAGUCUACUGUCUGUAUUUGCUCCACAGGAGGCUUCUUCCCUCUGUUGCUGUUUGUUGUUUUUACUGUGUGAAUAAAGAUUACAGAUUUGUAGAAGAAC